AUGGAGUCCCUCUUCAACGACGCUGAAAAGCGCUUCAUUUUGGCCGAGAUGAUCAAAAUCAGCCAGCUGGACGUUGGUAUUUUGGUGAGCUUCAUCAAGGCGCAUGGGAUAAGGCCAGACUGGCUGCACAUGCAGCUCCCUGGAGGGCGCACCUUGAGUCAAUGUCUCCACGCAGCAGAGAGCAUGCUCGAGGUACCGAUGCAGCCUCCACCCAUGGUAUCGCCUCUGAAGCGCAAAUCGCUAGGUGACUUGGACGACUAUGUCUCGAAACGACAGGCAGUCGAAUCCCCGGGCGAGUCAUCCCGGCACGGCAUACCCCCCAGCCCCGGUGUGCAGCACCAUUCGCAGCCGGCGAACGUUCAACCUCGCCCGAAUGGGAACAGUCCGGCUCCGCUAGUCCCUAGCAUCUCGGCAGCCCCCUACAAUCCAUCCUUGACCGGCCGUAGACGCGGACGGCCACCGAAGUCGGUGCAAAAUACAUGGCAGUUGUCAUAUCCACCGAUCGCUCCGUCACCCCCGAUCCCGGCUGUUCCUCAGCCCCACAGUCCAGGUGUGCACGCUCACCCAGCCCACCAGGGGUCGGUCCCAGGGCCGUCAGAGCAGAGGCUGAAGAAGAAAGCGCUGCCCGAGAUCGCACCGCGACCAACUCAAGGCAUGCCUAGCCUGGAGCCGGCCGUCAGAUCACCAGCGGCGCCCGGUGCAGAUUACCAAAGCUGGCGGGAGGAGACAUCGCGUCGGGAUUAUUACCAUGUCCACUCCGCCGAGGCCGCCGCGCGAGAACGGUCCUUCCCAUCACCCUACCCGCAAAUCCUACCCCGACCACAGAGUCCGCACCCACGCCUCCCUCCGGUAGAACCAGCAUGUCCAGCAGCGCCAACGGAACCAAGACGUUACGGGGAGCCACCCCCGAUGGCAGCUUCGGAGCUGGCGAAGAACGCGGGUCAGACAUCGGCUGGGGAACCGAUCAAAACAUGA